GCCUUCUGGGGCUUGUAGUCCCAACUUGGGGUUGGGGGAGCAGAGCCGCGGUCAGGUACACUUCCCACCCACUUGCCCUCUCCGCCCCGCCAGUCUCUGGGGUCAGUGUCAGGUCCACAGGUCGGGCCCCUCACCCCGCUAGCAACCGUCGUGGAGAUACUGACCCUGCGCAGCCGUGGCCUCAGCAGGGGCUGAGAGGUGGCCAGGGUCCCAGGAGAGGACGGCGGCGGGGCCGGUACAGCUCGUGGAGUCGCCUGGUGGCCACGCUCAGAGCUCUGAGUGUCCAGUGAUGGCAGACCAGUGCCUGGUAUCAGACUGUGAGGCCUGCCUUGAAGACAAGUGCCCAACAGGCCCAGUCUCAGAGCCAGAGCUCCAGGAGGAACGACUCAAGCAGGAGGAAGAGAGCCUUAAGCUAGAGGUGGAGUCGCUAGAGGAGAGAGGCCCACCCAGGCCUAUGGCCUCCAUUGUGAGGCCCAGUCAUGGUCUGAAGAGGAAGCCAGUCAACCUCCCAGGGUCUGGCCACCAAGCCCAUCCCAAGGCUGAAGCUGAGAUGCCACAGGGACCACCACUGCAGAAGGAGGAAUCAAACAGUAGCCAGACUGAGCCCUCACCAUCUGCUAAACAGCACAAAAAAGCCAAGAAACGCAAGAGCCUGGGAGCUCCAGUGCUCCCAGCUAUGGCCAGCACAGUGUCAGCACCUUCAGAGACCUUGGGGCUGGAACGAAAGGCCCAGCGCCUGCGACCCCUGUACCAGUACAUCAACUAUUGCAAUCCUGAGCUGAAUCAGGCAGGGGAGGGGGACAGGGAGGCUGAAGCAGAUGUGGAGCCUGAGUUGACGUUGGCCCUGGUCCCUGAGGAGGCAGGUGUGGAGCAACUGCAGGCUUUGCUGCCCGUGGCAGGUGAGCUGGGGUCAGGCCUCACUCUGUCCUGCCCCAGUACAUUCGUGUCCCCCACCCAUGCUCUGGUUCCCCUGGGAGAGGAGGUUGGAGAAGAGCCUGGGUGUUUGCCCAGGUUGGGGGUCAGCGGCCACCUCAAGGCUGAGGUGGAUAAGUCAACCCAAGUGGACAUCGACAAGAUGCUGAGUGUUUGUGCUGCCCCACUCGUACCUCCACUCUCUCCUCAGUACAAGUGACUUUUCCGCCUCCACUGGAGGCUGCUUCUCCCAAGCCUGAACCAGAGCAGCAGCUCCUUCAGGAGGAGGGGGAAAUUUGGCUCUUCUCCCUACUUGGGGCCUUGGAUUUCCUGAAAAUAAACAUUUUUCCUUUUCUCAGA